AUGGCAGGUCCAGAAGCUGAUGCCCAAUUCCAGUUCACUGGUAUCAAAAAAUAUUUCAACUCUUACACUAUCACAGGUAGAAUGAAUUGUGUAAUAGCCACAUAUGGAAACAUUGCUUUGCUGGUUAUGUACUUCAAGUUACGGUCCAAAAAAAACUCCAGCUGUGAAAGCAACAUGAAAAGAUUAUAA